AUCCGAGUAAAAAUAUAUAAUAUAUUAUAUAUAAAUAUUUCACAACUAAUAAUUCUCACAAAGCCACAUAGCAACGAAAAAAAAUCACAUCUUUACCAAAAUCCAAUGUCCGGAUACCCACAACCGCCCGGAGGAUACGGCUACGGCGGGAGGCCGCCGCCGCAAGCCGCCCAACCAUACGCCGCGCCGCCAUACGGCGCUCCUCCGCCACCACAAGAUCAUCAGCACCAUCACCAACAGCCUUCACCAGCUUACGCGAGUCCCUACGCUCAGCCAUCGGCUCCUUACAAUCCAGAUAAGCCACCAAAGGACAGCUACUCUCCGUACGGCGGAAGCUCCGGAGGUAGCGCGUAUCCACCACCGCAGGGGUACGGAACCCCAUUCGCUUCGCUUGUGCCUUCGACUUUCCCUCCCGGUACGGAUCCCAACGUGGUGGCUUGCUUUCAGGUGGCUGAUCAAGACGGAAGUGGCUUAAUCGACGAUAAGGAGUUGCAGAGAGCUCUCUCUUCGUAUAAUCAGAGUUUUAGUCUCAGAACGGUUCAUCUUCUUAUGUAUCUUUUCACCAAUUCGAAUAGCAAGAAGAUCGGUCCAAAGGAAUUCACUGAUGUUUUCUACAGUCUUCAGAGUUGGAGGGGAAUAUUUGAGCGAUUUGAUAGAGACAGGAGUGGCAGAAUCGACAUGAAUGAGUUGAGAGAAGCACUUUUGAGUCUGGGAUUUUCUGUUUCACCAGUGGUUUUGGAUUUACUGGUCUCCAAAUUCGACAAAACUGGUGGCAAAGUCAAAGCCAUUGAAUAUGAUAAUUUCAUUGAGUGCUGUCUCACUGUUAAGGGAUUAACUGAGAAAUUUAAGGAGAAGGACACCAAAUACUCUGGUUCUGCAACUUUCAGUUAUGAAGCUUUCAUGCUCACUGUACUUCCUUUCCUCAUAGCUUAAUUGAGGUGUUUGUUUGUAAAUCUUUAUGGAGCUAGAUUUAUAUGUUGUAAUAUCUAGUGUAUUAUAUAAUAUUAUUAUUGUAUGUGCUUUUAACAGAUUUGCCAUUUUUUUUUUUAAUAAGGCUAAGAAUCUGAUUAUAUUAUGAUUUGUGUUAGUAUGUUA